CAAUUUAUUAAUUUAUCUUGAUGAAAAGUAAACAAGAACUUCAAAGAGAGAUAUAAACAAUGAUCUCUUCAAUUAUUAAUAAAAUACAAAAGAAGAAACAGUUGAGUGUGUAAACCUACGUAAAAAAAUACAAGAAACUAGUGAGACAAGUAAGGGAACUUGAGGUGGAGAUCUACAAGAAUCAUUUUAAGAUAUGACUUCAUAUUAUACAGAUGUAUUAUCAUAUUCAUAUAAUUAAAUUAUGAAAUCUACAUCUAUAUGUUUCUUCCUAAUUUGAAUAAUAUAGAUAUUAUAAAUUAUAUGCUGGGUAUUUUUUUAGGCUGCAAAACAAAGGAGUCUGGGUAAAUAAAUUACUAGAUAUCGUAUUGGAGAAGAAACUCUUACAGAAUAUAUACUAAUUUUAAUAACGAUG